CCGAAGAGCACAGUCAAGACCAUAGACACCCGUGGAGGCUUCCCCAAGACAUCUGCUUCUCUGGGACUGGGAGCCUCGCACAGGACCGUGGGGAGUUGGCUGAAGGACUUGGGGAGCCCAGAAGCUGCCACUGAGACAAGAACCACCUCUGUGCAGAAAAGCAACCACCUUGUUCUCUAUUCUGCUGCCCGAGACAACCACAUCCUCCUCCUUCUACACCCAAAGGCUCCCAUGGAGAGCUCAGAUGUGGAGCUGGACCUCCAGAGGAGCGUGCAGGCUGUGCUCCGGGAGCUCAGCACCCAGGCCCCUGCCCUGCAGAGCAACCAAGGCAUGUGGAGGUGGUCCCUGCACAAGAAGGUCGAGCGAGAUCCUGGUAAGAGCCCGGCGCUGGUCCGCAUUCUUCUCAGAGAACUGGAGAAGGCGGAAAGCGAGGACCUCCGGCAUGUCAUCAUUCCCUUGCUGCACACUGUAAUGUACGUGCUCACCAAGGCCACAGGAAUCACAGAGGAGCUCUACCAGAGAAUCUAUACCUUUUGCACAAGAUUACUUACGCUGCCCACCCCCUACUGCACAGUCGCCUUGGACUGCGCGAUAAGGCUGAAAACGGAGACGGCCGUCCCAGGGACACUGUACCAAAGGAUGGUCAUUGCUGAACAGAACUUGAUGAAUGAACUGUAUCCCUACCAGGAGAGAGUGUUCCUCUUCGUGGAUCCUGAGCUGGUGUCUGCCUCUGUGUGCAGUGCUCUGCUACUGGAGAUUGAGGCGGCCCAGGCACAGCAGACACCAGAGGCCUGCAUGCGCCACGUAGUCUCCCACGCCCUGCAGGCGGCUCUGGGGGAGGCCUGUCAUGCAGGCGCUCUGCACAGGAAGCUGCAGGCCAGCCCUCGCCGCACCCUGGAGCACUAUUUCCACGCCGUGGUGGCCGCCGUGGAGCACAUGGCCAGCGAGGCCAGCCCGAGCCGGGAGGGACACGUGGAGAGGCUGGAGGAGAUUUACUGCUCGCUGCUGGGGCCCGCGGCAGGGCGCUGCGGUGGUGACCUUGUCCAGGAGCGGCCACCAAGCAUUCCCCUGCCCAGCCCCUACAUCACUUUCCACUUGUGGACCGGCGAGGAGCAGCUCUGGAAGGAACUGGUGCUCUUCCUCCGCCCAAGAUCCCAGCUGCGCCUCAGUGCUGACUUGGAGGUCUUGGAUCUGCAGGGCCUCCGGCCAGACCGGGAGUUGGCCCGGGUUUCUGUGCUGUCCACUGACAGCGGCAUUGAGCGGGACCUUCCCCCGGGGGCUGAUGAGCUGCCUGCACCUAGCAGCCCUGAGAUGGAGCGAGCCGGGCUGCAGCGCAAAGGGGGCAUCAAGAAGCGUGCAUGGCACCUGGACUUCUUGAUGCCUGGCAGCUGGGACGGGCCCCCGCUGCACCGGAGGACAGGCAGGCCCGGUGGGGAUGGGGAAAUGCUGCCCGGCGUCUCCCGGCUGCACACAGCCCGGGUACUUGUGCUGGGAGACGACAGGAUGCUGGGGCGCCUGGCCCAGGCCUACCACAGACUCAGGAAACGGGAGACCCAGAAGUUCUGCCUCACUCCCAGACUCAGCCUGCAGCUCUACUACAUCCCUGUGCUGGCGCCUGAGAAGCCUGCAGCAUCCAGGCAGCAGGAGCUGGGAGAGCUGGCUACGUUCCUGGGCCGCGUAGACCCGUGGUACCAGAGCAAUGUCAACACGCUGUGCCCCGCCAUCCACAAGCUGGCUGAGAUGCCUCCUUCCCUGGACACAUCCCGGACUGUGGACCCCUUCAUCCUAGACGUCAUCACCUACUAUGUCCGCAUGGGCACCCAACCCAUCUAUUUCCAGAUCUACACAGUCAAGAUCUUCUUCAGUGACCUGAGCCAAGAUCCUACUGAGGACAUUUUCCUCAUUGAGCUGAAGGUGAAGAUCCAAGAUUCUAAAUUCCCCAAAGAUAGCUUUUCACCCAGGAGGAGAGGCGUGGCUGAGGGCGCAGGGGCAGAGCUCUCCCUGUGCUACCAGAAGGCCUUGCUCAGCCACCGGCCCCGAGAGGUCACUGUUUCCCUGCGGGCCACUGGGCUGGUCCUGAAGGCCAUUCCAGCCAGCAACACCGAAGUUUCAGGGUCUCGCCAUUGCCCCCUGCCUGCUGCUCCUGUCACAGACCACACGUGUCUGAAUGUCAGCGUGACAGAGGUUGUCAAGUCCUCCAACUUGGCGGGAAAGUCCUUCUCUACAGUGACCAACACCUUCAGGACGAACAAUAUCCAGAUCCAGAGCCAGGACCAGAGGCUGCUGACACUGUCACUGGACAAGGACGAUCAACGCACUUUCAGAGAUGUGGUCAGAUUCGAGGUUGCUCCCUGCCCAGAACCGUGUUCUGGGGCCCAGAAGUCCAAGGCGCCGUGGCUCAAUUUGCAUGGGCAACAGGAGAUGGAAGCGACCAAAGCCAGGCCCAAGCCCCUUCUGAUGCCCAUCAACACAUUCUCUGGCAUUGUCCAGUGAGCCUGCAGGGACAGCAGGCCCAGGAGGAAGGAUACACUAGCCCACCAACCCCAACCACUCACACGGCAGCUUUGGCCUUGACCAGGAGCCAGCGAGUGCCUGGGAGCCCAGGGAGCCUGCCGUGGGGGCUGUGACGAGGAAGGGCCCACACGGAGGUCUACAGAUGGCUCGGGCAAUGCCGCAGCUGCUUGAGAACAUACACACCAAGCCCAGCUUCUCACACAAAUGUCUACUCCUUCAUUUAGCUUCAAUUCCCACUUCUCCCACUGUCCUCGCCCACCCAAGCUCCCCACCCAGCCCUUAAAACCAGGGUUAGAGCUGCUGUCUUGGCCAGAGCCCUGUGGCUUAGGGGAAAAUGGGAAAAUGGGAAGCAGGGAACAGCAAUGGCACCACCUCCCUCCCAAGUCUCUUCCCUUCCCACUCUCAGGCCACUGCCCAACUCACCCAGUCCAGGCAGGUGUCUCUAUCAGGUGAGAGAAAAAUGUCAGAUUCAAUAAAUGUACACUGAAGUCUUUCUGCUUU